CAACGCUCGUGCCCUUUGCCGAGAAAGUACAUCAACAUCCUCUUCCCUGCGUCAGAGGCUUCGCUCUUGUCUUUUUGUCGCUCCACUCCCACCCAAUUCUCUUUGUCUCUCGCCGCCCGACGCCUCCCCCUCCCCUCUGCACACGCCCGUCAUGACAGACCAGCCCCAGCCACGAGAUGUCACGAAUCACAUACUCUUCGAGGUGGCGACCGAGGUCGCAAACAGAGUUGGUGGCAUCUACUCCGUCUUGAAAUCCAAGGCGCAGGUCACGACAGCAGAGUAUGGCGCGGCCUAUACGCUCUUGGGUCCCCUCAACCGGAAUUCCGCAAAUGUUGAGGUGGAAGAACUCGUCCCCAGGGAUCCGGCUUUGAUCGAGACCAUCAAGUCGAUGAAUGAUCGCGGCAUCGCUACACUCUACGGUCGAUGGUUGAUUGAUGGCGCGCCUCGCGUUCUGCUUUUUGACACGGGCACCGCGUACAAAUUUCUCGACGAAUGGAAGGGCGACCUCUGGACCGUAGCCGGCAUUCCGUCACCGCCAGGUGACUCGGAGACGAACGAGGCGAUUGUCUUCGGUUAUCUUAUUGCUUGGUUCCUGGGAGAGUACGCCGCUCAGGAGAAGAAGCGCGCAAUUGUUGUUCAGUUCCACGAAUGGCUUGCUGGUGUGGCGCUGCCCUUGUGCAAGAAGAGGCGUAUCGACGUGACCACAAUCUUCACGACACACGCGACGCUGCUUGGUCGGUAUCUCUGCGCUGGUUCGGUCGAUUUCUACAACAACCUACAAUACUUUGAUGUGGAUGCCGAGGCGGGCAAGCGCGGUAUCUAUCACAGAUACUGCAUUGAGAGGGGCGCCGCACACUCCGCUGAUGUGUUUACGACUGUUUCACACAUUACAGCGUACGAGAGCGAGCACUUGCUGAAGCGGAAGCCAGACGGCGUUUUGCCAAACGGUCUCAACGUCAAGAAGUUCUCCGCCACUCACGAGUUCCAAAACUUGCAUCAACAGGCCAAGUCGAAGAUCAAUGACUUCGUCCGCGGUCAUUUCUACGGACACAACGACUUCGAUCCGGAGAACACUUUAUACUUCUUCACGGCUGGUCGCUAUGAGUACAGGAACAAGGGCGUGGACAUGUUCAUCGAGUCGUUGGCUCGGCUGAACCAUCGCAUGAAGAGCACAGGCUCGAACAUGACUGUGGUCGCGUUCAUUAUCAUGCCAGCACAAACACAGUCGCUAACCGUAGAGGCACUCAAGGGGCAAGCAGUCAUCAAGUCUCUGCAUGACACGGUUAACGUCAUCUCGCAGAAUGUUGGCAAGAAGCUCUUCGAGCGCUCUCUGGCAUGGCACGAGGGUGCGGAGCUUCCUGAAGACAAAGAGCUUUUGAGUGCGGCCGACAAGAUCAUGCUCCGUCGGCGACUGUUCGCCAUGAAGCGUCACAGCCUCCCACCUAUCGUUACGCACAACAUGAUCAACGAUCAUGACGACCCGAUCCUCAACCAGAUCCGUCGGUGCCAACUGUUCAACCACCCGUCUGACCGUGUCAAGAUUGUCUUCCACCCCGAGUUUCUGAAUUCCGCCAACCCCGUCUUGCCCCUGGACUAUGACGACUUCGUCCGCGGUACGCAUCUCGGUGUCUUCUCUUCUUACUACGAGCCUUGGGGCUACACGCCUGCCGAGUGCACCGUGAUGGGUGUCCCGAGUAUCACGACGAAUUUGUCCGGUUUCGGCUGCUACAUGGAGGAAUUAAUUGAGAACGCGCAGGACUACGGUAUCUACAUCGUCGACCGCCGGAUGAAGGGAGUUGAUGACUCUGUCAAUCAGCUGUCUGAGUUCAUGUUCGAGUUCUCUAAGAAGAGCAGGCGUCAACGUAUCAACCAGCGCAACAGGACUGAGAGGUUGAGUGACCUGCUUGACUGGAAGAGGAUGGGCAUGGAGUACGUCAAGGCCCGUCAGCUGGCGCUUCGGAGGGCUUACCCGGAUGCUUACGAUGGCGAGGCUGAGCCGGAUUUCUUCGGAUCAGCCGAGGUCAAGAUCACUCGCCCACUCUCGGAACCCGGAUCUCCCAGGGACCGCUCCGGCAUGAUGACACCCGGAGACUUUGCUUCGCUGCAAGAGGGUAGGGAGGGUCUUUCCACAGAGGACUACAUCGCAUGGAAGUUGCCUGAGGAGGAAGAUCCCGACGAAUACCCGUUCCCUCUCACGCUGAAGACGAAGGCCAAGCACGCCGAUGGAGUGUCGCCCGGCAUGUCUCCCGCAGGCGCAAACGGGACUUCAUAAUGGCGCAAUGCGAUGACCGCGGAAGCCGCGGCAGCCAUUUAGCGUGAGGGGUAGUUUUGGACCCUGCAUGUCGAGAGAUGGGUCUCUCCACCGGUGAGCUUGAAGAAGGCUUGGCGAAACGUGUUGCGGCGGGGUCAAGCGUCGAAUUGGACCAUAGCAUGCUGCAUAAUCAUGAGUUUCGAUGUUUCUUCCUAGCACCUACAACGUACGACCAGUGAGCUUUUGGUGAUUUUGCUAUUGGGUUUCGGGGUACAUAUGUAUAAAAAAAAAUAGCGAGAGUGAGCAUUCGUAGGCGAUGAGGUCUCGGGCGAGCGGCUGAGCAC